AUGUCGCCCAUUGCUCUCCAAGAUGUCGGUGUCGGCGUGGCUACAAUGUCGGCGUUGAAGCGACAACCAACAGCAGAGCAAGGCGCGGAGAGGCAUGAAUUGGUGUUGAAAACGCUGAGGUUGUUGGUCGCCGACCUCGUCCAGCAAUUCAAUGGCGGCCACCCAGGAGGCGCAAUCGGAAUGGCGGCCAUCGGGGUGGCUCUGUGGAAGUAUACCAUGCGAUAUGCGCCGCACACACCAAACUGGUUCAAUCGAGAUCGUUUUGUUCUGUCAAACGGCCACACUUGUCUUUUUCAAUACAUGUUCCUCCAUUUUGCCGGGUACCGGCAGAUGACGUUCAAACAGCUCAGGUCAUAUCAUUCGUCUCGCGAGGAUUCUUUGUGUUCUGGGCAUCCUGAAAUUGAAGUCGAUGGGAUCGAGGUCACCACAGGCCCCCUCGGUCAAGGUGUGGCCAACGCUGUGGGCUUGGCCAUGGCGACCAAACAUCUCGCCGCGACCUUCAAUCGACCUGGCUUCGACGUCGUUUCGAACCACACUUGGUGUAUGAUUGGUGACGCUUGUUUACAGGAGGGCGUCGCACUCGAAGCCAUCUCUCUCGCGGGCCAUCUUGGUCUGAGCAACUUGACGAUAAUUUACGACAACAACCAAAUUACCUGCGACGGCUCGGUCGACUUGACAAACACCGAGGAUGUCAACACCAAGAUGACCGCGUGUGGAUGGAACGUGAUUGAAAUCAUGGAUGGUUGCUACGAUGUCCACGGCCUUGUCGCCGCGCUCGCUGAAGCGAGACGGUCAGAGAACAAACCCACCUUUAUCAAUGUACAUACCAUCAUCGGCCUAGGGAGUGCCCUCGCUGGUGAUGCUGCGGCGCAUGGGGCGGCAUUAGGCGAAGAAGAUGUCAAGAACAUGAAAAGGACCGCUGGGUUUGAUCCUGACAGGACCUAUCACAUCCCGUCAUCGGUCCGAGAAUUCUUCGCUGAUCUCCCUGCUGUUGGGGAGCAACAAGUGGAGGCGUGGAACCAAGUGCUAUCUUCAUAUGCGGUCACCCACCCAGAUCUGGCCGGACAAUUCGGCUCGCGUAUGUCAGGAGCCUUGCCACAAGGCUGGGACCAGAUCAUCCCCUCAACCUUUUCAUCCAGUGCAACAGCGACCCGAGCAUCAUCUGGUCUUGUCCUAAAUCCUCUCGCCUCAUCGAUCCCGAAUUUCAUGGUCGGUACAGCAGAUCUGAGUCCUUCGGUGCACAUGGCUUGGCCUGGGAAGGUCGACUUCCAGCGUCCUGACCUUUGUCCCCAAUCUGGUCCAGUAGGCAACUACCGGGGCCGCUAUAUCCACUACGGUGUGCGUGAGCAUGCCAUGGCCGCGAUCUCCAACGGCCUGGCCGCUUUCAACCCGGGCACCAUUGUCCCAGUCACGUCCUCGUUCUUCAUGUUUUAUUUAUACGCCGCCCCCGCGGUACGUAUGGGAGCUUUACAACACUUGCAGGUGAUCCAUGCUGCGACUCACGAUUCCAUCGGCAUGGGUGAAGACGGGCCGACACAUCAACCUAUCGAAUUGGCUGCCCUGUAUCGAGCAAUGCCCAACUUGCUGUAUAUACGACCUGCGGACAGCGAAGAGACGGCUGGAGCGUGGAUAGCGGCAAUCGAGGCAAAGCACAGCUCCAGCAUCAUUUCCACCUCGAGGCACAAGGUAGCCCAGUUUCCGGGUAUCACCUCGCGUGUCGGUGUGCUGAAGGGUGCCUACGUUGCCAAAGAGGAUGGCGGUGCUCAGCUCACGGUCAUCGGAGUGGGCGCAGAGUUUGAAAUUGCCGCUGCCGUCGCCGACGAGAUGCAGACCAAGCACGGUGUCAAGACUAGGCUCGUCAGUUUCCCUUGCCAGCGGCUUUUUGAAAAGCAAGACGUGGACUACCGCAGAUCAGUUCUUCAGCGGCACAGAAUGCCCGCUGUCGUGAUCGAGGCGUACGCUGCUCAGGGAUGGGAGAGAUAUGCUGAUGCGGCCGUCUGUAUGAAGAUGGAUCGCUUCGGUAAGUCUCUGCCGGGGAAGGACGCGUACAGGUAUUUCGGGUUCACAACCGGACAGAUCGCGCCGAAGAUAAGUGACUGGUUGCGGCAACGGAGAGAAGGCAGCAUUUUGGCUGGAGAAUUCACAGAGAUUUGA